GAACUACUGUUCCUGUUGUUUUCCUAUCACUGUCAUUUAAUUACUUCAAAAUUCGAUGUUACUUUAAUAUAAUGCUUACAUCAAGCAAUUCGUUUAAUUUACAAUAUCAAAAAAGACUUUUUAUUUGAUUUUUAUAGAAAAAAAAAAUACCCUGACUCGGGGCAAUUAUGUCAGACGAUGAAGAAAAAACAGAGAAAUGUCUUAUUACAGAGCUAAACGAAAAUACCUUUCUAAAAUUCUUGAAAUCGAAAAAACAUGUAUUAGUUAUGUUCAUGUCACCAUACUGCCCUCAUUGUAGAAAAACUAAACCAAAAUUUCAAGAAGUUGCUGAACAUUUUAAAGAAGACACUAGUGUAUCUUUUGCUCAGGUAGAUUGUACUGUUAACACUGAACUAUGCAACGAUAAUGACGUUGAGGUGUAUCCUUUGAUUAAGUACUUUAAUUUUGAGAAGAGGUCAGAAGAAACAUAUGAAGGAAAAAAGACGGUUCCAGCAUUAAUAGAAUUCAUCGAAAAAUUAAUCGCAUAAAUUUUCUACGUGGUAAAAUAUCAGUUAGUGUUUUAUGUUAAUUUCAUUUUGUGUUAAAUUGUGAAUCAUGCUAUAUUUGAAUAAUGUUUAGCAAUAUUAAUUUAGAUAAUAAAUGAAGGA